CUCUCUCACACACACACACACACACACAGAGUAAGAGUGCACUGUGUGUAGUGAUGGAAUCAUUUUCUUGAACUACUGUGCCACUGCCACCAGUCCCCCACCUCAACCUACGGCUAAAUCAAAACUACUACCAUCAAUGGCAGCUCAUUUAUGAACUCCAACUGCAAAUCUUAUCUCCUUCACUAGACAGAGACACAAAGCAGUUGAGAUAAAUUGACAGGUGAUGGUGAAGCAAUCAGUACCAGGUAGGAAUGUGAGGGGGAAGAGCUUAAAAGUGAAGCAUGCCCUCCACAUAUUAGUGCUUGUUGCCAUUUGCAUAUGGUUUCUUUACCAGGUGAAGCAGUCUUCAUACUACAAUAAGAUAAGACCACAACAAUUAUUAGUAUCAGACAAUGGAGAAAUUUACGAGCAGCAUCAGAUAUCGAAAAUGGGGCGGAAGCACUUGAAGCCAAAGCUCGACAAAGUCGAUUUAGAGUUCGAAAAGCAAGGCGAAGAAGAAUUGGAAAUCGAGGAUGAAGAAGCCAAAGGGAAGGGGAUCGACGGAGAAGAGAACAUCGACCGGGAAGAAGAGAAGAGUGAAGAAGCAGAGCAUGAUCAGUUGCAGGAUUUCAUUGAUGAAGAUGACAAGGAUUAGAUAUGAAAUAUUAUUGUACAUGUUAAAUAUUUUUUGAAGCAUUUAAAGAACAGGGGAAGAUUAAAAGAUGCAGGAAUUUUGUUUCUA